GCUGGACUUCCUAAAAUAUCGGUAGUGCCACUGAACUCAGAGCCACAGGAUUCCAGGGAGGUGGUGGCGGCGCGACGGCGACGGCGACGGCGACAGCGACGACGACGGUGGUUGUUGGAGAAGGAGGAGAAGAAGGAGGGUUUUCGCUGGCACUUCUCUGUGUCUCCUGUCACUGAGAAUUCUCAGGCAUGGAUCUUGAAUCCGUGCUGCUAGGGUUUCAGUCAAGCUGCCUCCUUUCUUAGCUUCAAGAUUAGGUCAAAGAGCUUCAAUUUUGCGAGAUUGAUUCCGUGAAGAUGAGCACAGUAUGGCCAUCAACGAUCGGUUCUGGUAAUCUUCGAAUUCUUGUUCCAUAUCUCCCCGCUAAACCUAGAAGAAGGAUUUUAACAGUUAGGGCAAGCUCGGCUUCAUCUCCGGAAAGAAGGAGCCCAUUGACUCAAGUUCUUGAUGUCCCGAAGACUCUCUGGAAGCGGACAUUGCAGCCAUUGAGCGAUUUCGGGUUUGGGAGUAGGAGCAUUUGGGAAGGGGGUGUGGGGUUGUUCAUGGUUUCAGGGGCGGCGCUUCUGGCAUUGAGCUUGGUGUGGUUGAGAGGGUUCUAUUUGAGAUCGCAGUUCAAGAAGUAUCAGGCUGUGUUUGAGUUCUCUCAGGCUUGUGGGAUUUGCUUGGGGACUCCGGUGAGGAUCAGAGGUGUCACUGUUGGUAGUGUUAUCAGAGUUGAUUCUUCUCUCAAGAGUGUAGAUGCUGUUGUCGAGGUUGAAGAUGAUAAAAUUAUUAUACCACGAAAUUCAUCAAUUGAGGUUAAUCAGUCCGGGCUUCUUAUGGAGACACUUAUUGAUAUCACUCCAAGAGAUCCCCUUCCAAACCCUUCUGCUGGCCCUCUUGAACCAGAUUGUGUUAAAGAAGGUCUUAUUGUUUGUGACAAAGAAAGGAUGAAGGGUCAGCAAGGAGUAAGCUUGGAUGAAUUGGUCGGUAUUUUCACUCGUCUCGGAAGAGAAAUGGAAGAAAUUGGUAUCACCAGAAGUUACAGAUUGGCAGAAAAAGUUGCAUCCGUGGUGGAAGACGCUAAACCGCUACUUGAAAAGAUUGAAGCCAUGGCUACAGACAUUCAGCCAUUGCUUGCUGAGGUCCGUGAUAGUGCUUUAUUAAAGGAUAUCGAGAAUUUAAUGAAAACCCUAUCAGAAGCAACUGAAGAUUUGAGGAGAGUUCGCGCAACCGCAAUGUCUCCUGAGAAUGCCGAGCUUAUCCGGCAAAAUAUUUUCACCCUCAUAUUCACACUGAAGAAUUUAGAGAGCAUAAGCUCCGAUCUCUCUGGUUUCACCGGUGAUGAAACUACAAGACGGAAUCUAAAAUCGCUUAUCAAGUCACUUAGCAGACUACUUUGAAGACCAUAUAUCAUAUGAUUGAAACCGGUUUUCCCUCCAAGAGAUGGAUUGCUGUGUAUAAAAAAUGAAACAUUAAUUUUGGCUGAUGUAGAACAUUAUCCGAAUGCUGUGUCAUUCUUAUGAAAAUUGACCUUAUGUUGUUAUCCUGGUUUUUCAA